GGAUCUCCAGCUGCUGUUUUGUCACGUUUGGAGGCUGUUUCUUGCAAUACUUUCUCAAUUUAUUAUCCCCUAAUCCCCCCCCCCUUAAAAAAAAAAUCCACACUGACACCUCUGGAACUGAACACACAGCUUUGUCUCCUUCUAACUCCAAACUCGACUCCUUUCAUGUGACAGACCUUGAUCCAACCCUGACUAUUGGCCUGCAAACCAGCCUGCUUGACAACCAGCAUAAACACAAAGACGAAAUCAUCAAGCGAGACUGUCACCUACCAAAAGCCAAAACGCAAAUUCUGCACAUUGACAAUCAGUCAGUGAGAGACACAGACAGCCACUGAAGCAGCCUGCAAGAUAUUUCUCUGGCCUGACCAACGGGCAACACAUCAGCAGACAAGUUAGCCAAACAGAAGGACAACCAUGUUAAUUAUCUUAGCUUUCAUCAUCCUCUUCCAUGUGGCCGCAACCAUCCUCCUCUUUGUUUCAACCAUAAACAAUGCAUGGUGGGUGGUGUCUCAAACUGGACGGGAACUGAUCUACACUGACUUGUGGUACUCCUGUAAUUCCACCUGCUUCCCCAUAGAGAACAGCCACACUGUUGAUGCAGCCUAUCUGCAGGCAGUCCAGGCUACUAUGAUCCUGGCCACCAUGUUAUGUUGCGUCAGCUUCUUUGUCUUCAUUCUUCAGCUGUUCAGGCUCAAACAGGGGGAGAGAUUCGUUUUCACUGCUAUUAUCCAGCUACUGGCCUCUCUGUGCGUGAUGAUUGGAGCGUCUAUCUACACGGCUCAGAAAUCAUCCUUUCACUUGCCUAGUCUUGAGAAAGGCAUUUAUGGAUCCUCCUAUAUCCUGGCAUGGAUUAGCUUCCCCAUGACUCUCAUCAGUGGCCUCAUGUACUUGGUGCUCAGGAAACGCAAAUGAUGUGAUGGUCUUGAACUCUAGGCACGCAGAUCUCCCAAUAUAUGAAUAGGAACACUUGGACAUAUAUGCGUAGAGACAUACAAUUUUUUCAACAAACAUGUAUGCACACUUUUGCUUUCUAACACGUAGAUUUUAAAAUAUCACUGCAGAUAAAGAAGAAUCCACCAUAAUUUCAACCAAAUAAUACACCAAUAAAGCAUUCAGCGUUACAUUUGUUUCCACCUUAUACACUUAGAAACCCCUUUUACUGCAGACCCAAUGUCCACGCCCUUCUCUUUCCUGAUGGUAUAUUGUUCUCACUGAAUGUGGAAAAGAUGCAUGACGACUCCCCCAUGGCAACUAAAAUGUCUUUCUGGAAAGUAUUUACUUUUACUCGUUAUUAUUGUGUAUGUGGCUUUAAUUCACAUUCAGUCAACAAUUUUUAGUUUGAAAAGUGUAAUCUGACUUUUGCUAGCUAGGUACACUGUGCUCGUAAAGUUUAAUUUGUGUAAAAUUGGGGUCACAUCUACUCCAUGCAAAUGCCCCGGAGCACGCACUCACCUUUUUGCAUUCUUCACUCACUGCUCUACAUAUAAAUGAAAAGGAUGCAUCUAUCUGAUAACCUGAUAUGCCAGAUGGUUUGAUACACAGAACCAUCUGAGAAGUCGUCCUCAGCAACUGUUUGGAAAAGGGAGGGUAAUUUCAAAAACUCCAACUUGAUUGGCAGGUGAUUGGAUGAACCAUCUGUGUAUCACCAUCUUACUUUGAGAGGCAGCUGGAUUUCAUGAGAUCACAAGAUCAGGCAAGAAUCCUCACAAGACGCUGAUUGGUCCAAUACAAGUGCAUAACUUGUAGCCUGACAAGCUGGAUUCUCACAUGAUUGCAUGAUCUUGAAUCCAGCUGCCUUUCAAGGUAAUCUAGCUGAGGCUCAUUGCUGAAUUUAGUGAGAACAUACCUUUACUAUCAUCUUCCUUUACUGCCUGCCCAUGUUUCGUUACACAGGACAAGAGCUGUGUUGCAGCACACUAAUUUGUCUCCUCCUCUUCUCUCAUUGUCUUCUGCUUCCCUCCAACUCCAUUCAUAGCAACUUUUGUCUGAAACAUCUGAUUAAUAAGGAUAAAAGUUGAAGAAGACAAGUGGGGACUUUUGUCUUAGUGGGAUACAGCCCCUGGACUUUCUGAAGGGUCCAUACUUUCAUUUUUUUUUGUGAAGCUAUAGUCAACAGAAUUUAUUUUGUACAUAUUUGCUGUCUAUGUAUAGUUCAGGUAAUUGCCCCCAAAAAUCUGUCUAAGACUGAAAUGCUAAAAUUAUAAAGAAAAAAGAGAAAAAUAAAGAAUCUUAUGUUAACCAUAGUAUACAGGACGUGUAGUGAAGAAAGUAGUUGAGAUAUGUAGAAAUUUUAACCCAUUGUUUGUAUUCUUAUGUUACUGACUUGUGUUUUAAUGGUGAAAAGAAACCAAUGAUGUGCUGUGAUAUUUGGGAUUUAAAAUGAGAGAAUAGAAACAUACAAACUUGAAAUAAGAACAUUAUUUCUUAUCAUUUAUUAUUAUUAAUAUGUUUUGUUAUUAUUAUACUUUUUUUUGUUAACAGCUUCACUGAAAAAAUACAAAAGCUAUUUAUUUAAACCAUUGUAGUGUAUUUUAGCAUCAUGUGACUGAGGAUGUAUGAAGUAGUUGAGUCUUGACAUAUCUUUCCCACUCUGGUCAGGCUACUGUUUAUUUGGUCUAUUACUGACACAUAUCUAACACCCCUGUGCACAUGUGAUCUGACAUUUAAUACAAAUAAAAUCUUUACUGUAUUGUAUCUGCCACCAAUUUCCAGAAUAACUUGUAACUACAGCAUUUGUGACAGUGUAGAGUUAAUGUUUGCUCCCACAGUAGCACUGUGUAAAGCGGUUUUCUUUUCCUCUUUCUUGGUGGUGGUUUGGGGCUGGAACAUUUAAAGCAGACCAGCUGGGUAUUAACUUGGUAGCUGCUAGGACCUGAAACAUUUCUAAGAAACAAAUAAUGCAUAGAAAGUUCCCAGUUCAACUAUAUGCAUCUUCAGAUGUGCACUGGGUUAUAUUGUUAUAGAAAUAUUUUCAUGUUGGGCAAAGUUUGGACCACAGAGCCUGGUAACUCACUAGCUCACCAAUGAUGAAGAUUCAGGGAAAAGAAAUGGAAGUAAAAGAUUUUGCUCUGCUAUCUCAAGAUGAUACUUGAACAUGAUCAAAACAACAUAUUGGAGGCCAAGAUUGUGAUAUUUGUUGACCAUAUGUUUUUAUAAAGUUGUCAUCUUAAGAAUGUUUCACUGAUUAUUAAGCCUCCAAUUCAUGCAAGUUCUUGUCUUUCAGUCAACCCCUUUAACUUGUGUUGAGUAAGUAGUUGCUGUACAAUAGGCUGGAAGAGGAAACUGCAGCAAUCACUUUCUAAGAGAUGAGUUAAUAUUAGCCCUACUCUUGAUUUCUAUUUGGAAACAUUUUGGGUUAUGAUUGUAUUUUUCCUGUAUGUAUUUUAUGUCAUUGAUGUACUGUAGCUUAGUGAUUGUAGACCUAUACAAACAAUUAUAAACCACACUGAAAAUAAUCAGUCAAGUAAACAUUCAAUCAUAGGAGUUGUUGCCAAAACUGUAUUCAUGGGGAUCUGUUUUUAAACAUUUUUGCAGUUAAAUAUAUGUAACGCUUAAUGAUGUAUUAAUUUCAAAUUGAUAACGAGUCUCAUUUCACUUGAGAAUGAAGAUGUGUUGAAAUGGUCAAUAUUUUCAUUCAUCCAAAAGGUUUUGCAUUUAUUCUCUGAGACAAAUUAAAAUACAAAAACAAGCUCUUAAUUUUUAGCUUAAGUCUAAAUCAUCAUUGGCAGCUUCUGUAAUCUGCAAGAUUACUGCUAUACACAUGUCACAAGUGUUCUGCUGUUGACACCCAGCGGACUGACAAAAAACGAUGCCAUGUGUACACAUUUUUUUAGUUUUGAGUUACAGAAUUAGCUGCUGCAUGCUUCUGGAAGACACUGCUGAAAAGAAUGAACUUGUUUCUACUUGGUGAAAACAGAUUGGGCAUACUUCCAGCAGACUCAGUAACAAAGACCCAAGGGACUCUGCAAGAAGUUACAGAUGUUUUUUGGGUUUUUUUUUUCUUGUUGCCCCCUUCUGAUGUCAAUCUCAAUAAAUGUAAU